AUGCAGAAGAGCGAUGCAGAGUCGGCUAGAAGGCCGCACCUAGUGCACAGCCAUGCGCAUGAAGGCGAGAUACCAGGAACUGUUGACCUCAGCGCCGCAGAAGGUGAUGAUACGGCGUAUGGACAAGCGCUGUAUCCUGUACCUGCUGAGGAUCCCAAUGAUCCACUUCAAUGGCCUACGUGGAAGAAGAAUACCAUCCUCGUCAUCGUUGCGAUCUAUUCGUUCCUGGGUAAUAGUGCACUGACUGGACCCUCGGUCUAUAUCACCAUAUACAGUGAGGAAUUUGGGAUCUCAUCGGCAGAAGCUUCCGGGCUCAUAUCCUAUGCAAACCUGGCCUUCGGCUUCGGCUCACUUCUUCUGGUGCCAAUGUACCUCAAAUUCGGUCGCCGUCCAGUCACACUCCUUUCAAUGGUGAUUUUUUUGGCUGGUCUAAUCGGUGCCUCACGUUGUACCACCUAUAGUGGCCUUAUGGUUGCUCGCAUUUUCCAUGGAUUCGGGAGUGGCGUCUGUGAGAGUCUACCAGUGCAGUUGGUAAAUGAUAUCUUCUUUAUCCAUGAACGGGGCAAGAAGUUGGGCUACUACACUAGCCCAUUAUAUGCUGGCUAUAUGCUUGCAGGUGGGUAUUCCUGGCGGCUAUUCUUCUAUGUUGAAGCUGCAUUUGCUGCUGCGCUUCUCAUCAUGGCAUUUUUCUUUGUUGAAGAAUCAUCUUAUCAUCGAGUCAUUCAGCCAACCUCGUCUCAUGAUUCAUCUCAAUCGUUGGAAGCUAAGAACGGAGAGAAAGUGGUUAAUCCAACGGAAGAUCAGGAAGAUGUAACAUCGAUCAGCUUCCCUCUCCGGAAGAGCUUUUUAUCAACACUCGCUCCAUGGAGCGCUAUCGACCCAGACGCAGAAUUCUUCAUGACGAUGCUGCGCUCUUUCACCUACUUUCUUGUUCCCGCUGUCUUCUGGGUGAUUGCUAGUUAUGGUAGGCACCUAUGCAGCUACACUGAAAGAGACCUCUUGCUGACCACAACUUCAGGCCUUUACAUUGGCCUCGGAGCCCUCGCUUUCAACUACACCUUCCCAAUCAAGAUAGUAGAGCCACCAUAUAACUGGAGCGAUACAAAUUCUGGCCUCAUAGCAAUAGCCUCAUUCAUCGGCUACCUCAUCGCCCUCCCAUUUACCUCAAGCUCCGACCGACUAGCCGCAUAUCGAACGAAACGCAACAACGGAAUUCGCGAAGCAGAAAUGCGUCUCCCAGCCCUAUUCCCAGUCAUGCUACUUCCGCCCGCAGGACUGAUAGUAUACGGGUUCACAGCCCAACGGAAUCUGCACUGGAUAGGAUAUUUUGCCGGUGUUGCCAUGAAUAUGGUUGGCUCGUACUUCUAUUUUACGUUCACGCUCGCCUAUGCUGUGGAUUCUUACUACGCCAAUACGUCCGAAAUGCUUAUUGCUAUGAACCUCGGCAAGCAAGCUAUCUCAUUUGGUAUGGGAUCUUAUCUACUAGACUGGAUCUUGAACAGAGGGUAUGCGGUUGUUAUUUCUGGGAUAUUCGGAGGCGUUCUACUGGCGAAUAAUUUGAUGGUCAUUGUAUUCGUUCUCUUUGGUAAGAGAAUUCGAAUCUGGACAGCUAAUUCCUGGUUGGGGAGGUUGCACAAGAGAACGGCGACGAGGGAUAUGACGCAUUAG